CUCGUUCCCUCCUCCAAACAACGCCCAUCGCGAGCCACGUCACCUCUCAACCCCUUCACCUUCGUUGCUCCGCCGCUCUACGAAGCCCGCGAGAGGGGAAGAGCGAGAGAGAGGGCGGCGCAGGGCGAAGAUGCUUCCGGGGAAGCGGCGGCGGCCGCCGAUGCGGCGGUCGACAAGCGUGACUGUAUUCUCGGAGGCGGACCUCGCGGCGGCGUCGGCGGCUUCGGACGACGGAGGCCACCAGCGGCGGAGGCAGACGGCGCCGAGGAGCACGCAGCGGCGGAGCUUCAGCACCUUCGAGCUGGCCGGGACGGCCCCCUUCCUUAGUUCCUGCGGCCUCUGCAAGCGCCACCUCGGCCCUGGAAUCGAUACCUACAUCUAUAGGGGUGAAAUUGCGUUCUGUAGUCUGCAGUGCAGGGAGCACCAAAUUAAGCUAGAUGAUCAGAAAGAGAAACAGAAGUGCUCGUUGACAUCUCUGAGGACUGAAGCACCCCCGGCAACUGCAGGAUCUGAAGCCUCCAGUAAUGGUGAAACAGUUGCUGCUGCUUAAAACUAUCACUGUUCCUCUCUUUAGGAUCUUCAUACUGUAAUUUUUCUAUGCAUGCCGUAAUGCAAAAACUCUCCUUUUCUUAAAAAAAAUAAUGUAUUACUAGUAGGCAAAACAAAUCAUAUUAGAUGGGUUUCAUUAGCAUUCCGGCACCAGAAAAGUUUUAAUCUUCAGAAAUGUACGCACAGCUAUGUGCUAGUGGUUCUCCACCUCACGUAUUAAUGUUGAUUUUAUAGUUUCUUUUA